AUGACGGCUACCGAUAAAGUUUGGGGUGAUUAUCCUGUUUAUUACAAACAACCAUACAGAGUAUGUAUCAGAAUAAAGAGUAGAGUGGCCGUGGAUGAAUGAGAAUUUUGCCCAGCUGGAUCAACGUGAAAUCGUUGAUGCAAGUAAUAAGGAAGAGAUUGUUGGAUACUAGUGUUUAUGAAAUGCGUUGUUUAUGUCCCUUGAUUUUUCCAACUAUGAAAUCUUUAUCCUCGACCAUUGGACUAGACAAAUACUAACAUCAUCUAGUGGUUCAAAUAUCAUGCACACACCAAACCUCAUUUUGCUUGGGCCGUUGGUUUAGGAUUAUCAGCUCCGUUGUUGUUGGCUAUUUCUCCUAUCAGAAGAAAGUACUUGUAUUCUGACCAUGAGCCAAUUCCAAAGGUAUAUCCUUUACCAACCAGAGCCAGAGACACCAACUUAACUGGUUUUGAUGACGAGUAA